UUGUCAGGUGGUGUCGUCGGCGAAGUGUAGGCAAACGGCAAAACCACGGAAAGCAAAAGCGACUGACGACUAUGGCGGAUUUGGAAGAUCACAUACGUCAGCUGGAGUUCGGGAUCAACAAGUCUGUCAACAUCGAAGAUCUCACUCCCGAAGAGAAAUGGAGACUGGAGCACAUCAAGAUUCACGAGAAGCACAAAGGACACGACGCGAUGCACGCCGAGAUGAUAAUUAUCCUGAUCGUCACCCUGGUCGUGGCGCAGAUCGUGCUGGUUGAGUGGAAGAAACGCCACUACCGCUCCUACCAAAUGGUUUCCCUUGUGGGCAUGUGGGUGAUUCCUCUGGGGCUGUCCUUGAAUAACCAGUGGUGGCGCUUCAUCUUCUCCUGGCUCCUUUUCUCCUGCAUCACCGGCUUGGUAGUGCGCAAGGCCCUUCAGAGGCCGGUCCAGGGCACUACUCCAAGACUGGUGUACAAGUGGUUCUACCUGAUCUAUAAGGGUAGCUACUUCCUGGGCAUCCUGGGCUACGUCGUGAUGAUGCUCACCUUUUUCGGAUUCAAUUUACUUUUCAACGCCAAGCCCACCUCCUGGAUGGACUUUGGUCUGCUCAACCUCUUCUACGGACUCUACUACGGCGUCCUCGGCAGGGACAUUGCUGAGAUCUGCGCAGAUAAGAUGGCCUCGCACAUAGGGUACUACACGCCGCAUGGAAUGCCAACAAGGCAGCUUGACUCUGGUGUGUGUGCCAUUUGCGGCAACAAGCUGCUUGUCUCCACCGAACAGGAGGGAGUCAUCGAAAACACUUACAAGCUCACCUGUGAUCAUGUAUUCCACGAGUUCUGCAUUCGCGGCUGGUGCAUCGUAGGCAAGAAGCAGACGUGUCCAUACUGCAAGGAGAAGGUGGACCUGAAGAAGACGUUCUGCAACCCGUGGGAGCGGCCGCACGUGCUCUACGGCCAGCUGCUCGACUGGAUCCGCUGGCUGGUCGCCUGGCAGCCGCUCAUCCUCUUCUUUGUGCAGGGCCUCAACUGGCUGCUUGGACUCGAGUGAAUUCACUCUCUGCCGACCAUAAAAAAUGCCACACUAUUGUUUUUGUUACGUUACUUCCAUUUUUGCAUUAAAUUUCAGUUCCAAGUUCCUCUCGCAGCUCACGAAAUUGGACGGACGAGUUGAGGACCGUUGUGCCUAUGUUUAAUUUAUUUUGCAACCCUCGCGUCGUGCUAUUAUAUAAACUGUGCGAUUGUUUAUAUUUUUUAUCGAGGCCCAAGCCUGGUCGCUAGUCUGUCAAAAUGUUUCGAUUGUAAAUGACGACCUAAAGAAUAUGUUUCGUGAUUGUGUUGUAAUUCGUAAGUUAUCGCCUUGCCUCCAGUCGUCUUUUAAAUUAUAUAAAAUAAUGUUAUUAGACAAUCCUUGGUACAUUAUUAAAUAAAUUCAAAAUUAAUCGUA